AUAUUUUCCUUGGCUAGAUGCAGAUGCCGUUAGUUAGCUUAGAACUUGAAUAAGGACAGCAACGCUCCACCUUGGGGCGGCGAGCGAUUGCGAAAACGGGGAAGAUUUUCCCCAGAUGAGCAAAAAUUUGUAAUCGGCCAGCUCUUCGCUCUUUUCACAUUCGAAUUUCGCAUCAAACAAACACAACAUUUCGAGCUCCAUCGACCUUAAUUUAAUCGAAACACUAACCCUUUUGAUUGUCUUCACUUUCAGCCGGCGAUUCUCCUGCUUUGACUUCACUCCAUUUGGGUUUUUUUCUUUCCCCUCUUUAUAAGCGUUUCUACGCGUGAAUCGAACGGCGAGACGCCAUGGAUCCUGUAGACGAAGAGGCGCGAUUGCUAGUUAAUAACGCGCCAAUUCCAGCACCAGUGAAUCAUGCGAGAGAUGUUCAUGUUUUGAGCUUUGCUUUUCUGUUAAUUUUUCUUGCUUAUGGAGCUGCGCAGAAUUUGGAGAGUACUGUUAAUACUGAGGAGGAUCUUGGGACUACCUCGCUUGGGAUAUUGUAUUUAUCUUUCACGUUUUUCUCUCUGGUGGCUUCUUUGGUGGUUCGAGCAUUGGGGACUAAGAAUGCUUUGAUUCUUGGGACUACUGGUUAUUGGUUGUUCAUUGCUGCAAAUUUGAAGCCAACUUGGUUUACAAUGGUUCCAGCUUCUAUGUACCUUGGUUUUGCUGCUUCAAUAAUAUGGGUUGGACAGGGUACAUAUCUCACUUCAAUUGCACGUAAUCAUGCAAGAAAGAAUGGCUUACAUGAAGGAACUGUUAUUGGCAAUUUCAAUGGAGAAUUUUGGGGAGUAUUUGCAAGUCACCAGGUCAUUGGAAAUAUUAUCUCUCUCGUUGUGCUGAAGGACGAAACAGGUGGAAGAACCAAUGGCACAACUGUAUUGUUCAUUAUCUUCCUUUGCAUUGUUACGUUAGGUAUUGCACUUAUGUGGUUCUUAAGGAAGGAAGAAAGUAAAAAGGAAGAACCAUCAUUGUACUCGUCCAGCCUACGUGUUUCUAUAUUGUCUCUGUCAAAGUCGGUAGUUGCUCCAUUGGCUGAUGUAAGAAUGAUCUUGGCCAUUCCUCUGAUUGCAUAUUCAGGACUACAAGCGGCAUUCGUAUGGGCCAAGUUCACAAAACAAGUUGUCACACCGUCACUUGGUGUGUCAGGGGUUGGUGGUGCAAUGGCAGUUUAUGGGGCCUCUGAUGCAAUUUGCUCAUUGGUUGCUGGUCGUCUUACAUCUGGUCUCCCAUCAAUCACUUUCUUAGUAUCUGGUGGAGCUGUGAGUCAAGCUAUUGUUUUUAUUUGGCUUCUACUGGGACAGAGUGAAACACUUGGUGUUGUAUAUCUGCUUCUUAUAUCUGCCGUACUGGGAAUUGGUGAUGGAGUUUUUAACACACAAUUGAAUGCUCUGUUCGGAAUACUUUUCAAACAUGAUACGGAAGGAGCGUUCGCCCAACUAAAGGUCUGGCAGAGCGCGACUAUUUCGGUCGUCUUCUUUUUCAGUCCAUACAUUUCAAUGCACACAAUGCUGGUGAUUAUACUCUCUGUUCUCUGCCUCUCAUAUGUUGGUUUUCUGAUUUUAACUGUUUGGGUAGAGAAAUCAUUCUCUUCAAGAUUGUAAUGUAUAGACACAGAUAUAUAUGUGCCUAUUGAUUUCUGUCAAACUGUUCAUUUCCUUUGCCAAUCAAUCUUGUGUAAAAUGUAUCUCUUCCAUACAAAUUGGAAGAGUGGAUGUGCUUUUUAGCUUUUGUUCAUCAUGAGCCAUAUUUCAAUCUUUAACUAUUAA